GUCAGCACAAUCGUCACAUCCAAGGAAGCGUUCAUUUAGAAGCAUGCAGUAACUCUUGCGACUUCAGAACGUGUCAGUGAGCUCGACGGGAAGCUCCUAUCAUUUCACGUUAGCUAGGCUGGGAGGCGUUCUGGCCAGAACCUUAACGCAAGGCUUGCGUACCUUCUAAGCUGUUUCUGCGAGAGAGAAAGCAGUUCUGGAAAAUUUUCUCUGAUGAGAAACGGUGUCAAAGCUUGACCACGGUACAUAUCAAGAUAAUCGCUGCCGGCGCGCGCCUGAUAAGAAAGCAAUAUACGUGUUUGACGAAGGAAAUCAUGGGCAGUCGUGAGACAAUGGCAACGACCGACGCACUGGCCCAACUGGUGAAAGACGCUGUAGACUCCAACGCCGAACUCCUGGACAGGAUUCAAGGAGACAUCUGGAGUCAUCCGGAACUGAAGUUCGAAGAGAGGAAGGCACACGAUCUCCUGACGGAAGAACUGCGAAGGGCCGGCUUUGAUGUCACCCCGUCGUUUGUCCUGCCGACAGCCUUCAAAGCAGAAUUCAUCUCGUCCAAGGGAACAGGUACAGGACCAACAGUGUGUUUUGUGGCGGAGUACGAUGCACUCCCUGAACUCGGUCAUGCUUGUGGCCACAACCUCAUCGCCGAGGCAGGCUUCGGGGCAGCGCUUGCUCUCAAGGAAGCUCUCCAAGUGUCGAACGCCCUCUCCGGUCGUGUCAUCUGCAUGGGGACGCCUGCUGAAGAAGGUGGUGCUGGAAAGGCUCUGAUGAUGAAAGGAGGCGCUUUUGCCGAUAUCGACGUAGUCCUUAUGGUCCAUCCGAGUGCCUUGAACGACAUAGCGCCCCCAUUCCUCGCUGUGGGAAAGGUUCGCGUGCGAUUCCAAGGAAAGGCUUCUCAUGCAGCGGGAUUUCCCUGGGCUGGUGUGAACGCACUGGAUGCUGCAGUGUCGGCUUACAGCUCAAUCUCUGUCCUCAGACAGCAGAUGAAACCCGCAUGGAAAAUACAUGGAGUCAUCACAAGAGGCGGUACAGCAGCUAAUGUCAUCCCCGAUGACACGGAACUGUAUUACUACUAUCGGGCUCCUGAUAACGCGGAGCUCGAGCAGGUGCGUCGACGCAUGGAGGCCUGCUUCCAGGGUGCAGCUUUAGCCACAGGAUGCACCGUCGACAUGGACUGGCAGGGAGGCUAUGAGGCCCUUCUUACCAACACUGUCCUCGCAGACACAUUUCGAGAACAUGCUCAAACACUAGGCGCCAACUUCUCGGACCGCCAGAAAUCGUCGCGCAUGGUUUUCAUGGCGUCAUCGGACAUCGGUCACGUGUCUCAGCGAAUCCCAACGAUCCAGCCCACGUUCGAAAUCUGCUGCGCACCCAACCACUCCAGGGAAUUCGCCUCCGCCGCAGGAAGCCGCGAGGCGCAAGGGCCGACUCUCAUCAUGACCAAGGCAUUGGCCCUGACGGGACUGGACAUUCUGCGGAAUCCCGAUCUCCUGCCCGAGGUCGUCAAGCACUUCCGCGAGCGGACAGGCAAUUCCUGCUAGACUCUGGCAGGUGUGAAAGCCGAGGUUAUGCUAUUGUGUUUUACGUGUGUGUGUGUCUGUGUGUGUGUUGGGCAGAAUAGCUUACACGCAUGCAAGUCGUUGAUUAUUCAUAUCAUAUGUUUUUAAUGAACACUGCGAGGAUCGUACUGCCACUCUGUAACAUUUAUCUGUGGAUAAAGUACACUUUGAAGUUUCA